AUGGCAUACAAGCCAGCGUUGCAAGAUCCGAGCCAGACCAUGCGUGCGGCACAGUUUGCAAAGCCGGGGCCAGCAGCAGUGAUUCAGCUGGCCCAGAUCCCACGACCGAUGUGCUGUGAAACGACACAGGUUCUUAUCAAGGUGGGAACCGGCAGCUUGAAUCCCGUGGACUUUAAGCAGAGAAGAAACCCGACACUGGAGUACAUGAGGCCGUUGCCGGCCGUUUCGGGCUUCGACUUUUCCGGGAAAGUCGAGCAGAUCGGAGCGGGUGUUCUUGGAUUCAGACCUGGAGACACUGUGUACGGUAUGUUGCCGCUGCAGGGCCAGAGUUGGGGCGCUUUCCAGGAGUACGUGGUUACGAAUUACACAAUCAUCGCGCAUGUGCCAUCGAAAAUCUCGCCAAAAGAAGCAGCUGGAUUGCCAUUGGUCGGGCUCACCGUGGUACAGGCUCUGGCUCCUGUCCUCCGGACUUGGCAACGAAACGGCGAGUCAAGCAAGGGCAAGAAGAUCCUGAUCCACGCUGGUGCCGGCGGGGUGGGCUCCUUUGCAAUACAGUUGGGCAUGCACGUGGCCACCACCGCGAGCGCCGCCAAGGAGGAGUUGGUCAAGAGCCUUCGACGCUGUCCUCGAUCCAGUGACACAGGCGUGGGACACUACGUCAACAUCUUGAGCAGCGACUGGGAGCCGCACGAGGGCGAGCUGGGCCUGCUGACGGUCAUGCGACCGAAGUGGGGCAACAGUUUGUUGGCAGAUUACCUGGGUCUGGGCGUCUAUUAUCAUUGCGACCCGGUCAGUCCCGAUGCUUCUGGCUUGCGAAGCAUUGCCAGCUGGGUCGAUGCAGGCAGCAUCAAGCCGGUCGUGGCUCCUUGGCUGCAGAAUGCUGCAGAACUUUCACGCAGCCUCUACCGAGCUUUAGCUGUUCAGGAUCGUUCCUUCCCACUUGAGGAGGUUGCGCAGGCCCACGAGUACUUGGAGAAGGGACGAGCAUCUGGCAAGGCCCACGCGGUCACCGUCCCCGGACUCGCGCUCCGCGAUCCUCGCCGCGCCCCGGCUCGCCGAGCUGCGCUCUCGGCUGUGAAUGGGAACUCUGUGAUGCCCAGCUUCGACACCGGCGGAAGUUUCCACUGUCAGGUCUUGCUGAUUCUCCUUACCUACAGCGUUAAGCCGCGGAAAAAAGGCGGCCACGUCCAGUUCAAUGCUUCACACAGCGAUUAUGAGGUUGUUGCCCAAGCCGCUGAGGAGCGAGGAUGGCGUGUAGUGAAGUGCGAAGAGAAGGCUGCGAUGUGCAACAUUCACUGGAUCGACGAUGCAAACAUUGGAGACUGGAUGAGGAAGGUAGAGCCCUGGAUGAGAAUAAACCAUUUUCCAGGAAUGAACAAUGCGCUGGCGCGAAAGACGCGCCUGGCAAGGAAUAUGACGCGAAUGCAAAGGCUGUUUCCAGCAGCCUAUCGUUUUGUUCCUCCCACUUGGGUCAUUCCUGAUGAUCUAACAGACCUUGAGAAGAGAUUUGGCAACAGUCAGGAAUCCAAGGUCUUUUACAUUGUCAAGCCAGAUCAUCUGUGCCAGGGCCGGGGCAUCUUCCUAACCACAGAGCUCGACCGUCUGCGGCAGGCAGCAGAAGAGAGCCGCAAGAAGAACGAGGCCACUGUCGUCCAGAGAUACCUCUCGAGGCCGAUGCUGAUAGAGGGCCUCAAAUUUGACUUGCGCUUAUACUUCCUUGUGUCUGCCAAGAAGGCCAGUGGAGAAGCUGGGCUCGACCUGCGCUGCUUUCUCUUCCGUGACGGACUGGUGCGGUUGUGCACAACGCCGUACCAGCCUCCCACUGCAGAGACCAUGAACGAGAAGUGCAUGCAUCUCACUAACUAUGCAGUCAACAAAAAUAGUUCAAAUUUUCAGCAGAACGACGGGGAGGACGACGGAGCUGGCAGCAAGCGUUCUUUGCGGUGGUUCAUGUCCUACAUCGGUGAGACCUACGGCGAGAAGGAGCGCCGGAAGCUUUGGCUGAAGCUGAUGGGUGUUUGCAUGAAGACAGUCCUCAUGGUCAAGCCAACCCUGGAGACGGAGUACGACGGAGCGUUUCCUCGUGACUUGACCGGGGGCCAGAUGGGCUGCAGGUGCUUCGAGCUGCUCGGCAUCGACGUCAUGCUUGAUGCAAAGAUGAAGCCUUACCUCAUAGAGGUAAACCACCUGCCCAGCUUCACCUGUGACUCACCGUUGGACGAGGACAUCAAGAGGCGCUUGGUGAGUCAGACCUUGGACCUUACUUGCGGAUCACUGUCGGGCAAGGACCGGAAGCUUUAUGAGCAGCUGGUUCGGGAGCGACGCGAGGCAGGGCAGCCUGGCAAUGCCACACCUUGCCCAGAAGCUAAGAGCGAGGCAAAGCAUUGCCGUGUCGCAAGUCUAUCCGCGGGCAAUGUGGUCACAUGCUCGGAGGAUUCAUUUUCUCAGGGUCAAAGAGUACAGAACGACGGUCACGCCCUGGCUCAAACUCGGUUUGGUCUGAAGUUCAAGGUACAGUACUAUUGA